AUGCUAGAAGAAAGAAUUGUGAAUGUUGAGGAUAUGCCCAAGCUUUCUAGUGAUAAUCCAAUAUCAUGUAGCACAAGAGGCUCAGGGAGCAGAGCAAACGGGCUCCUGAGAGCUACAUCAGCAGGGUACCGGUUGCCAAUGACCAGCCAUGUUGGGGAUUCUUCCUCGUCCAGAUCUCCUUCACUCAGCACUCAGAAGGGACGAUCCACAUCAGCCACAUCAAGCUUGGGGAAACAAUUCAGCAAGCACCAAGGAGAACAGCAAAAAGCCUUGAAAAAUGAUCAGGUUCAACAGGACAAGAUCUGGAGAGAGUUUGUGGAUGCUGAAAGAAGGGCGACCAAAUACUGGCAUAAGAACUGGAAUUUCCUAAAGGACUAUGAUCCAAUGGGCAAGAAAAAAGAACACGAGCAUUUUCCCGCGUAUGCAUCGGUAUUUUCAGACAGAAUCCCCAACACUAGUGGCCAUAUUAUCGGCAGCAGAAUGAAUACUGAUCUUGGCAAAACUCUGGUAAAAAUGGAUUACUUCUUCAACUAUGGAAGAAGAAAAAAUAAACUUGGACAGGAACUCCAGCCUUCAUAGAA